CAAAUUGGGACAACAGGAACACACACAGGAGAGACAGACCAGAAAGGGCAGAUGAGAUCGUUAUAGUUGGUCUACUACAUCGAGUUAACUACACCUUGUUUUGUUUUUUAAGUUUGUCUUCUUGUUUUAACAGAUCGUGAGCUAAUCGCUAGUCAUUUAAAGCUUUUCAAGCACAGUGCGCCACCAUUUGCAGUGAUGGCUACAGCCGCAGUGGAGUUGAUGGGCUUCUUCUUGGGCAUCCUGGGUAUGAUUGGCAACUUGGUGGCCACCUUGUUGCCCUACUGGGAAAUCACGGCCCACAUUGGCCCGAACAUUGUCACGGCCGUGACAAACAUGAAGGGCCUGUGGAUGGCAUGUGUCCACCAGAGCACCGGAGCCUUCCAGUGCGAGACCUACAACACCAUCCUCGGCCUAUCCACCGACCUACAGGUGGCCCGGGCCAUGAUGGUCAUCUCGAUUAUCUUAUCUGUCCUCGCCUGUGCAGUGUCCAGCAUUGGGAUGCAGUGCACCAUGUGCAUGGACGGCUCCUUGGCAAAGACGAAAGUGGCUGGAGCCGGAGGGUGCCUUUUUUUAACAGCUGGACUUCUGUCACUCAUUCCCAUUUCCUGGAAGACCAACGAAGUAGUGCAGACCUUCUACCAGUACAACCUACCCGACAGCCUGAAGUUCGAGAUCGGGGACUGCCUGUAUGUCGGAAUUGCCUCGUCUCUCACGUCUCUGCUAGGCGGAGGGCUGCUAAGCAUAUCCUGCUACACUGACCUAGAAGCACAGCGAGGAUUCAGACACUACGGUAGAGGUUACCCGUAUCCUGAACGCAUGGGAAAACAUGGCACGGGUCGUGGCGUCUCACAUUCGAUGCCCUUCCACCCGUCAGCCACUCUGCAGAGUGCAAUCAACAUGAACUCCACCAAUAGAAACCAGACUCUGGUCAGCCAAAUCAGUAGCAGUAGCCACUCCACAACUGGCGUCGGAGACUCCAGGAAACCAGCACGCCAGAAAACGACAGCUAGUUAUGAUGUCACCGGGUAUGUCUGA